AUGCCUGCUUGGCAGACCUUCUGGCCCGCCCGCCUGCUAGCACCAUGCCUGCUUGGAAGACCUUCUGGCCCGCCCGCCUGCCUGCACCAGGCCUGCUUGGCAGACCUUCUGGCCCGCCUGCCUGCCUGCUUAGCUGACCUUCUGGCCUGCCCGCACCGGGCAUGCUUGGCAGACCAUCUGGCUUGCCCGCCUGCCCGCACCUGCUUGGCAGACCUUCUGGCCCGCCCGCCUGCCUGCACCGGGCCUGCAACCUUCCAGCCCGCCUGCCUGCCCGCAGUACCGGGCCUGCUUUUCUGUCCAGGCCUUGCGACAUUCCCAGUGUUCCUAGCAAGCAGGGGUCAUGUGGACGCCAGCACCCAGUGGGAUCAAGAUUUAUUGUGUCAGAUGGCAGGACCUAUAGCCCCUGACGAUCCUUGGCUCCUUCGGCACGCCCGAGAGAGGUACCUGGAGCCUCCAAGCAAAGAACCCUACAACCUGGAACUCCUCAAUGGGAAAAACAGCUCCAUGGGCUAUAACAUCUACAGGAUCUCGGCAAUCAGUUGGUUGUACCUGGAUACAACCAUUCGACACCUGUUCAAGGACGAGCCUCCGGGGUUCUUCGUCGAGGCUGGCGCCCUUGACGGGGAGUAUAUCUCGAACUCCUUGCAGUUGGAGCUCGAGAAGGGCUGGAAGGGUCUCCUGGUGGAGGUCGACGAAGAGAUGUACGCGCGCCUCAGGAAGAAGAAUAGAAAAGCGUGGACGUCUAGUGCUUGUCUCGCCACAAAGCCUUACCCACACCAAGCAACGCUGGUGAAAUUCGUCAACCACGAAGCCUUAACGAAAGACGUGGACAGCUUGACUAUGAGAGGAUACAAUGCCCUCACAGACGCCAAGGAUCUGAAGGAGAGGAUGGGGCACGGAUUCCCCACCUACCAGACAUCUCAGUGCCUGCCCCUGCAGACUCUUCUUCUGUCAAUCAAUGCCACAAACGUCACCAUGAUAUCCCUGGAUGUGGAAGAGAUGGAAAGAGACGUCCUCAGUUCCUUCUACGAUUCGAAAGUCCUGGUGACGGUGGAUGUGUGGAUUGUGGAACACAGACAUCCUGAAGUGGAGCUACUUCAGGCGGACCGUCCGGACUUCGACUUUAUAUACUGGUUUCUGUCAAAAGGUUACAGUCUCUACACGAUGGGACUUCAUACACCGAUAGACUACAUCUUCAUUCGCAAUGACUCGGGAAUCCACACGAGAGCGUUCGCUGCAAGACCACCUGAAUACACGAUCAAUCUUGACGACUAUCUCCCUAGAAGGAUUUCCUGAAGAGGAUUCCUGCAGGAGGAGGAGGAGGAGGAGGAGGAGGAGGAGGAGGAGGAGGACUGGUUGAUCUAGAACCUUUAGUCUGAAGUCUCUCAUUACACAGGUAUAAGAGCUCCUUGGCAAGUUAAU